GUUUACUUACGAGUAUCGUAUUAGCUGCACGAGAGCUAGGGUUAUUUUAUCUAACAUUACAUUACAUUAUAUUAUUAACUUUGCAAUAGUAGACAAAAGUAGAACAAAAUCUGCAUGAUCCCUUGUGUAUAUUAUUAUUAUUAUUAUUAUUAUUAAUUAUACAGAACUGCAGCACGUGGUAAUAAAGACCAAUUGGGACACAAAUCAGUUAAGGCGUGGGUUAAGGCAGUGGACUCCUUUUUCUUCUUUUUGUUUUAAUGGUGGUUGGCAAGUGGACUCCUGAUCGGUAGGUCAUGAGUUCAAACCCCAGCUCUACUACCCUGUUGAGCCCUUGAGCAAGGCCCUUAACCCUCAACUGCUCAGUAUAAAAUGAGAUCAAAGCUUUUUCCAGCUAUGAAGGACAGACUAAGCCACCUUCAGGCACUCUCGGCAUCCAGUCAUGUGGAUACCCGAGAACCUGCAGCAACAGUCCCACAUUCAUUGAAGGAACAUAACAUCGACCCUGAGAUGGAGGCCAUAUUUUAUGAGGCCGAUAACAUUCGCCGUGACAUUCAACUCAUCCUUUCGGAUGUGAAACAUCUUGAAGAGCAGAACUCUCGUGUUAGGAAUGAGUUACCAAAUUCUAGCACUGUGAAGCAAGACUCUAAUGCCAUUGCUGCCAGCAUCAAGUCCCGUGCUAAAGAUGUGCUUGCACGUCUUCGCAACAUGGAUAUGCAUGCUACCGAGCUGGAGAAAAAGCAUGGGACCAACAGUGCCCUUUAUCGAAUUGCACGAACACAAUAUGCUGGUUUGAGCAGCAGCUUCCGUGAUGUGAUGAUGGAAUACAACAAGGCAGAGAUGAACCACAGGGAAACGUGCAAAACGCAUAUCCAGAGGCAGCUGGAGAUUGUGGGACGAGAGGUGACGGGUGAGCAGGUUGAGGAAAUGCUAAGUAAUGACCAGUGGAACAUCUUCAGUGAGAAUGUUGUCACAGAGGGGAAAACGGUACAGUCUGCCCUCAACCAAAUCGAAAACCGACACACAGAGCUGCUGGAACUGGAAAGCCGCAUAAGGGGCAUCCAUGAAGUAUUUCUAGACAUGGCCAUGCUGGUAGAAGAACAGAACAGCAUGAUUGACUACAUACAGACAAACGUCCAAAAAACUGAUGCAGAUUUGAAGAAUAUGCUGGGAAAACUUGAAAAUGCCAAGAAAUAUGCGAGGAACAACCCCUUCAAGAAGAUCUUUUUUAGGAGGCGUUAAUCUACACAUAACUGUUCAUUAUUUUUGGACUUUGCUUGGUGUUGUGAUAUUUUAUUGUGUACUGUUUUUUGUUAGGUGCAUUUCUAAAAAUGUGAAUUGAUGUGAAUAAAUUAUAAAUAUUAAAUGGAGGAUAAAACACCCACACUGAUUGUUACUAAGAUAUUAAUACUGUGGAUGAGUUUAUCUUUUGAAUAUAUCAACCAUGUUUUUUAUAUGUGAGACUGUAUCAAAAGAUUUUCUGGAUUCAAAAAAAGUUUUUUUUUCUGUCAAAUGUACGACUAUGUAUGUGUGAAUUUUGGAAUUAAUAAAGAAAUUAUGAAUGUUUAA